UGUGAACACACCCUAACAUUAAUCAGGCUAGUAUUAGGUUUUGCUGUGUGACACUUUACUGGUGUAUCUUAACAGCCUUUUUUCCAGCAUGAUAGAUAUGGCUGUAUAUGAGAUUCUGGCCACAUCGCCCACCCAUAGGUCUAGCCAUGAUGACCCGCUGCACUGAACAUUUCAUCAUCUGUAUUUACACAAUCAUGAAGUUAAGCGACGGUCGGCUGUUUCAUAGUGUUCUGUAUUGUUUCUGUUCACAUGCAGCCCGGAGCUAUGGGAGACGACGAGGACGCUCCUCCCUCUUCCCCAUCGACGACGGUCUCCUGGACGACGGCCAUGGCAACCAGGGGGUCCCGGGGGUCCUGGGGUCUCCUCACUGUUACCCCCAUCAGAACGGGGAGCGCAUCGAGAGGUUCUCCCGCAAAGUGUUUGUGGGCGGCCUGCCCCCUGACAUCGACGAGGAUGAAAUCACAAGCAGUUUUCGGCGCUUCGGUCACCUGGUUGUUGAUUGGCCGCACAAAGCGGAGAGCAAGUCUUACUUCCCUCCUAAAGGUUACGCCUUCCUCCUGUUUCAAGAGGAGAGCUCAGUGCAGGCCCUGAUCGAAGCCUGUCUGGAGGAGGAUGGCAAACUCUACCUGUGUGUGUCCAGCCCCACCAUCAAAGACAAGCCUGUCCAGAUUCGUCCGUGGAACCUGAGUGACAGUGAUUUCGUGAUGGACGGAUCUCAGCCGCUGGAUCCACGCAAAACCAUCUUUGUGGGAGGAGUGCCUCGUCCACUGAGAGCGGUGGAGCUGGCCAUGAUCAUGGACCGCUUGUAUGGCGGCGUGUGUUACGCGGGCAUCGACACGGAUCCCGAGCUGAAGUACCCAAAGGGGGCGGGGCGUGUGGCCUUCUCCAAUCAGCAGAGCUACAUCGCCGCCAUCAGCGCCCGGUUCGUCCAGCUGCAGCACGGAGACAUCGACAAACGGGUGGAGGUGAAGCCGUACGUGCUGGACGACCAGCUGUGCGACGAGUGCCAGGGAGCGCGCUGCGGAGGAAAGUUCGCCCCGUUUUUCUGCGCCAACGUCACCUGCCUGCAGUAUUACUGCGAGUUCUGCUGGGCGAACAUCCACUCCCGCGCCGGACGCGAGUUUCACAAGCCGCUGGUCAAAGAGGGAGCCGACCGUCCCCGCCAGAUCCACUUCCGCUGGAACUAAAGACGGGCGUCCCCGGAGAGCAUGCGAGACGAAGCGGAAACAUCGCGUCUGCUACGGGGGGGAAAAAAAAAGAUGCUUAGUUCGACCCCCCGAACCCAAGCUGUCAGUAUAGAGUAAUUAACCGUAUACAGUAUAUAGAGAAUAUAUAUAUGUCUAUAAAUAUAUAAAUAUAUCUUUAUCUUUUGUAGCAGCCAGAAACACUACAAGCCUCAGUUUAUUUCACCAAACCACUUCUUUCUCCUCCCUCCCUCACUGCACAUCUCAGGCUCGGAACAGAGUUUUUUUUGUGGUACCUUCGUGUUUUUUAAAAAGGAGAUUGAGAAAAAGAAAAAAAAGAGAUUGAUUUUUUGUAGUUUUUUCAAAUUAUUUUUAUAUGUGAGAUUUAAAAAAAGUAGAAACGAGAAUGUUUUUUCGCUUGGGGGGGCAGCCUGUCCGUUGUGUUCAUUCGUUGUGUCCGUCGCGUGUCCGUCUGCUGCUAAAUCCCCCCCUAGUGGGCAAAGUGCGCAAUUGUCUCUCGAUGACGUAAUCUCUGAUGCCUGCCCUGGAUCUCGAACCAAAGGUAGCGAAACGCGCGGCCUGAAAACGAGACGUUUGCCGCCGAAUACUAAAAAAGGAGUAAUAUUUCCCCCCUUCCCCCAUUGUUUUCACUCCAACGUGCUCUUAGCAGGAAUAGGAAUGAUUCAAUAAUGAAUUACUGAGACUUUCCAUUUUCCACUGGCAAAAAAAAAACAACAACAAACAAACAAGAAAAGACAAUACCUCAGAAUAUUAAUCUGGCUUGUUGUUGCUCUACUCUUGCAAUUUAAUCACAAGCUAUAGAAGAAGCUUUGCUGCUAUAUAGGAUGUAACGAAUAGAUAGUGUCGGUGUUCUAUGAAAUGCCAUUGUGACGUCACUGGCGAUGUCGCACACAGAAAUGCAGUCGCACGACAUGGCCGACCGGCGCCAUGGAAACACAGAAUGUGGAAUCUUCCGUGCAUGUUUGUGGCUGUACAUCAUUUGCAUGCCGUGUAAAGGUUACCAGCACAUAUAAGAAAGAUGCAUAUUAACGAUACACAGAGGAAUUUAUGUAGCAUGAGGCGGAAAUUAAAAAGGUCAGACUCUUAGAUAAUCAAUACUAAUAACGAAAGGAAAAAAAAAACAGUGUAAAAUUCUUCGUAAACCUUUGCAUGCGUUGUUGUGAUGAUUCCUUUACGAACUUAUUACGAGAGAAGUGACGUUAGUUUUUAGAGUAGUGAGCUCUGCCAUUUUGUAACUCGAUAAUUAGUCAAGAGACGGUGUGCUGUCCCGUGGUUUUCGUGUCUUGUCUUCGUGCAGUGUGAGUCUAGUUAUGAAUUGAGGUUUCAGUUCGAUUUAAACUCUACGAUCUAGAGGAUCGACAUUUAACCUUUGCCCUUCCUGAACACCCCUGAAUUCCACCCCUCGUAUUACAGUAGUCGCUGGAGCGCAGGACGAGAGCUCUUCUCUGGUUGGUAGGAACUGGCGAAGGAAUUGUAGCUGUGGUCGUUCGUUGUCUGUGCGUCUCCACGUUUCGUAGUUUAUUCUCCGGACGAAAAAAGUAUGGAAGCUUGUUUCCGCCACAGAAUAAAAAAAGGUAAUUGCGACGAAUUUUUUUUUCUCGCACUUGCGCGACAUAAACUCACAAUCGCGAGAUUUACUAGGAUAGGAUAGUUUUGACAAUCGUUUGUGAAAUUGUGCGUUCAAGCGCAAGAAGACGUGAAAGAGAGUUUAAUUGGAUGUGCAGUUGGCGCAGACGAAAUUUCUCACACAGUUUGCGCUAGUUAUCUUCUUGCGCUUGAAUAUUUAAAUUAGCAAGGCUAACGACUGGUCCGAUUGGGCCGUGGCAGUUCUGUCAACGGGCCUCUCGCUUUCUCUGACGGUGAGCACUAGAGGGCGCACUGUGCGUCAAGUAGAAAGUAUAUUUAGUUUUUUUACGUGUCGAACGCACAGCCUUGCUAUUUCUUUUGACUCGUACACGGCGUUCGGCGCAUGCAGUUUUGCGCAA